AUCGAUCAUGUAAUUUCAAGUGAAAAGUUUCACUUUUCACUUAUUGUAUGUUGCGAUCUCACGUGAAAAUUUUAACUUUUCCACACAUUUCAUUUCGUGAUUUUGUAAGAGCAUCGAAUAAAAGUGAAAUCACUAGAAGCGAAUUCAGUUGUAACUGAUGAAAACUCGCCAAAACGACGCAGCCGACUGUCAAUAUACAUUCAAUGUAUUAUCGACUUAUAUUUUCUGCCACGUGCUUUGCUGGGUUGUGUAAAAAUUAAAAAAUAAUGAAUAUGACAUAUAAACAGAAAGAAAUCUUAUUAGACUUUAUGUCUAAACAUAUUGAUGUUGUACGAGGAAGAGUUUCUCGUGAUGCGGAGAGCCGUUCAGCACUGAAAAGUUUAUGGGAAGAAGUAGCUGAAACUGUAAAUAGUUCCGGACAAGGACCAAUAAAAACUUCAGCGGAAUGGAAAAAGUGCUGGAAUGACUGGAAAAUGAAUGUCCUAAAGAAAGAAAGCAAGAAAAGAGCACACAUGCAAGGAACGGGCGGAGGACCUGCAGUAGCUAUUAAUAUUUCCGACUUGGAGCAAAAACUAUUGGCUAUAUUGACUCCAGAAGCAGCUGGUAUGCCGAAUAUACCAGAAGGAGGACUAAUUACUAAAACGAAUCUAAAUUCAAUGAUAAGUUAUCCGGUCAAAUCAAAAGAAGUUGCAAAAACUUCAAACAAGCCAUCGCAUGUAAAUGUACAACAAGAUGUAGAUGAUAGUCAAUUUCCCGAGAUUCUACAGCAUAUACAUGAUAGUUUAGAUUCUAGUACAGAAACAGAAAUUGUAGAAGAAAAGGAAAACGUCGGAAUGAGACUAUCAAAGAUUAAGAAAGUCAGCAUGAAGGUAGUUGAAGAACCAUCAAACAACAGAUCAUUGCAUGUAAAUGUACAAGAUGUAAAUGAUAGUCAAUUUCCUGAGAUUCUGCAGUAUAUACAUGAUACUUCAAAUUCUGCUACAGAAACAGAAAUUGUAGAAGAAAAGGAAAACGUCGGAAUUAGACCAUCAAAAAUUAAGAAAGUUUGCAAGAAGGUUGCAAAAUUGCCUGGAAAACCGCCAAACACCGACCAGGAUUUGCCACCGACAAUGACAAACAUGACAUUACAAAUGUUACAGCUUCAGCAAGAAAAGAUGAAAAUAAAAAAAGAAGAGCUUACAGUACAAAAGGAAUUACUUGCCGUCCAAAAAGAGAUUUUGAAUGAGACAAAGGAUUUUAAUGCUAUGAGUGACAAUUACUUUGAGACUAAAAACUAAUGCAAGGAUAAGAUAAAAUUAUAAGAUUAUUAAAAUUAUCGAUAUAAAGUUAAUAUUUUUUUUUACUAUGAAAUAUCGACAUAAAGCUAAUAUUUUGUUUUAAUAUUAAGUAUUGCAUUGCUUUAUAAGACUGUUAAAAUUAUCAACAUAAAGUUUAUAUUUUAUUUUAAAUAUUUCUAUUAAGUAUUAUAUUAUUUUAUAAGAUUAUGAAAAUGUGAUACAAAUCAAAUGUGAUGUAAGCCAAAUAUGAUAAAGAAAAAAGUAUACGGAUAGUAGUUUAGUAAUACUGUAAUCAUAUAAAUGCCAUGUGAUAUUGUUAUCGGAUGAUUGAAUACUUCAUAAAUAAAAAAGUCUUUAUUUA